CAGCGUGGAUGAGCGCAGCAUCCCCGCGGCCCUAAAGCUAUGAAGAACGACUUGGGAAACGCACACUGGAAGUCAAUAUAUCAGACAAAGGAGGGCAGGACUUAAAAAAAAACAAGACUGGCGAAUGUCAGAUCGGAAAUACCGCUGGGGGGAUUUUCUGAAUGCUUGCUUUUUUUCAGUAUGGAUAUUUUUAACUGACAAGAGAGCCGAGCGGCUGAAAGGUCAGUCUCCAUCAGCAGGGCGCCCAUCAUUUGGUGGCUGACUCUUUAAUAAUGCUGCGGAAGAGCUCGUAGCCAUGCCAUGACGCGCCAGGCUUCGCGCUGAAGUGCCACUCACGGCCGAUUUGGAGGUUUCCAGUCCGCGUCCCAGUCUUUGUUAAGUAGCACCGGAGGACAAUAAGUCAACUUGUGCAAUCUUGUGCAGUCUUGGCGCACUGCUCUUUUGUCCAGUUUGCAUCGCGCGCAUCACUGCGUGACCAAAGACUGAGCAUUAAAAAAAACAGGAGUCUAAAAAAAAUUCAUUUUCUUCAUUUGAUCGCAUCCAGUCAGCCUAAAUCAUCGGAUGGAAGAGCCAAGUGCCGCAUCACCACACGGACAGUGGAUGUUCCAGUCUUUAUUUUCUUUACUCUGUUAGUGCGUUUUCGUUGGGAGACGCGCGUGCGGUACGAACUUGAGGGUCCUUCUGCUCCACUCGCCAAGACGCACGGACUGUUUUUUGGGGAGGGGGAGAUCUGCGCGUAAAAGAAAAUGAGAACGCUCGUCGUGAAGGUGCUCUGCUUUGCUGCCUGCGUUCUCUCCAGCCGCUGCACUCCGGCGCCGGACACCGAAGCCCAGACGGUGUCUCCUCGGGACACUUGCGCGUCUUGUGGCCUCGGCCAGCCGGACGAGUCGAGGCGGAUGGACGGGGACUUCUUGGAGGCUGUGAAAAGGCACAUCCUGAGCAGACUGCAGAUGAGGAACAGACCCAACAUCACCCACCCCAUACCAAAGGCGGCGAUGGUGACCGCGCUGCGGAAGCUGCACGCCGGGAAAGUGCGCGAGGACGGCAGGGUGGAGAUCCCCAACCUGGACGGGCACGCCAGUUACACCAAUGAAGUGGAGGAGGAAACUUCGGAGAUCAUCAGCUUCGCGGAGACAGACGAACUGCUGUCAUCCAAGUCCAGCCUUUUCUUUGUGAUCUCCAACGAGGGCAACCAGAACCUCUACGUGUCCCAGGCCAACCUGUGGCUCUACUUCAAGCUGCUGCCUAUCUCAUCAGAGAAGGGCUCUCGCAGAAAGGUCACGGUUAAGGUGUACUACCAGGAGCCAGGCGUGGGUAGCAAAUGGAACCUGGUGGAGAAGCGAGUGGACCUCAAACGCAGCGGCUGGCACACGUUCCCGCUGACGGACGCUGUGCAGCUGGUGUUCUCCAAAGGCGAGAGGAGGCAGAACCUGGACAUUCGCUGCGAGGGGUGCGAGGCUGCAGGUGUUCUACCGGCGCUGGUCAACUCGGCCGACGAGGCGCACCGGCCGUUCCUGGUGGUCCGAGCACGGGCAGUGGAGGACAGCAAGCACCGCAUUCGCAAGCGCGGCCUGGAGUGCGACGGCAGCAGCAGCCUGUGCUGCCGACAGCAGUUCUACAUCGACUUUCGCCUCAUCGGCUGGAACGACUGGAUCAUUGCCCCCUCGGGAUACUUCGGUAACUACUGCGAGGGCAACUGUCCGGCAUACAUGGCCGGGGUGCCUGGGUCAGCUUCCUCCUUCCACACGGCUGUGGUCAACCAGUACCGCAUGCGGGGCAUGAGCCCGGGCUCCAUGAACUCCUGCUGCAUCCCCACCAAGCUAAGCACCAUGUCCAUGCUGUACUUUGACGAUGAGUACAACAUUGUCAAACGGGACGUGCCCAACAUGAUCGUGGAGGAGUGCGGUUGUGCUUGAGCUGGGGACUUUUAGAGGAAUAGUGUGUGGAAAAAAUCUAAUUUACACUUUUUUUUUUUUAAUUACGACAAUUUCCUUGCCUCAAAUGUAGGUAAUCAGUCAAAACAUUUGUUGUCCAAAAUUUGCUUCUGUAGUUUUGCUGGAGCUACGAGGUUAAUGUAGCUAAUAAGUAAAGGAUGCUAAUACCCAACAUUUAGCAUUAUACAAACUGCACACAUUUGUUUCAAACCGUGCUGAGCUGUUGAGUAAUCUAAAAAAGACCUGCUUAUGUAGUUUAUGACACUGAAAUACGAAGUGUUGUCUAUAAAAAUGGACAAAAUCAGAUACAUGAAUGGUAGUACUGCUCAUACCGUAUAUCAAACUGUGUCUGAAACCUCAUAAACAAGUCUGACAGGGCAAACAGACAAGUCAAGUUUGUGACAGGUAUAUAGUUUAAACAAUGCUAACUAGCAGGCUAUUAGCUGCCAUUACUUGCUAGCUACAUUAGCCUCUUAGCUUCAGUGUAAAACUAAAGAGGAGGCUAAUGAUGCUAAUAAAUAAUGGAUGCUAGUACCCAACAAUUUACAUUAUAUAAACUGCACACAUUUGUUUCAACCAUGCUGAGCUGUUAAGUCAUCUCAAAAAGACUUGCUUAGUAGUUUCCCACACCAAAAUACAAAGUACAGUAUUUAUUUUUACUUAAUACUGUACGUCAAACAGUGCCUGAAACGUCAUAAACCAGUCUGUUUGACACA